UCGGUCCGGUUCAGUCCAGAAUCGCAUUUGGUUCAAGCUUCAUCGAAUCCAACCCGAUUGUGUUCUCAUCAUCCCUUCCGUCGGCGGAUUCGCCAAUCUGUUCCCAAUCCUUCCUCCGCAAGCAGAGAGCAGCGUGGCAGCUCCCAUGGCUUCCUUGGCCAUCUCCGUGUCGCUCGGAACCGCCUCCGCCCUCUCCAACUCCGUGAAACCAACUAUUUCGAGAAACAUGGCCAAGCCACACGCCUCGCUUCAUCUCACGGGCAAGCAGAGUAAGGCUAAUAGUUUGUCUUUGAAGCUCAAUGAACAACAAAAUGGCUCUCUUAGAUAUGAUACAGUCAUAAGGGCAAAAGGCGAAAACCCUCCUAUAAUGCCUGCCAUCAAGACACCAGCUGGACCUUUGGAUCUUUCUACUGUAUUAUUUCGCAAUCGCAUAAUCUUCAUUGGGCAACCAAUUAACUCACAAGUGGCCCAACGUGUUAUAUCACAACUUGUGACACUUGCUACUGUUGAUGAGGAUGCUGACAUCCUGAUCUACCUAAACUGCCCUGGUGGGAGUGUGUAUUCUGUCCUUGCAAUUUAUGAUUGUAUGUCCUGGAUAAAACCGAAGGUGGGAACAGUAUGCUUUGGAAUAUCAGCUAGCCAGGCUUCGCUUCUUCUUGCUGGCGGAGAGAAGGGGAUGCGUUAUGCUAUGCCUAAUGCCCGGAUAAUGAUACAUCAACUGCAAAGUGGAUGUGGGGGCCAUGUGGAGGAUGUUCGGCGUCAAGUUGACGAAGCUGUUCAGAACCGUCAUAAAAUCGAUAAAAUGUUUGCUGCAUUUACUGGCCAACCUCUGGAGGUAAUUCAAAAGUACAUCGAACGGGAUCGUUAUUUCUCUGCUGCCGAGGCUAUGGAUUUUGGUCUCAUCGAUGGUGUAUUGGAGACACUGUAUUAGCUGCAAACAAACAGAAAGAAAUCGAUAUUGCUGAUGAACCAAAUCACGGACGCUGGUAUCAUUCACAGACUCGAAUAGAUCAUGUUACCAGGAAAAGUUGGAGAUGAAAGCCUUGCAAUGAAAUGACACUAAAAGAUUCCUUAUGUUUGAUUAAUUAAUUUUGUUCCCAUAGAUACUUUUUAGUUUGUAAAUUAUCAUUCACUGACUAAGACCCUACUUUGGAGGUUGUUCUUUGGUCAUUUUCAUUGAUCAUUUCAUGUUAGUUUUACAGAUUAAUUACA